GACUUCCCCAGUAAGAGUCUUGCAGCCCACGGAUCGUAUGAAUGAGCUGUUAAAGAAGCUCCUCUAUUUAAGCUUACCUUUUCCCCUUUGCUCUACUUUCUUGAACUGCUCUUUUUUCAUUUUUCUCCUUUUCAAGUACAAACUCUCUUUCCCAUAAAUCUUAUCUCCUUUCCUCUCCUUCUUUUCUUGUAGUAUUCUUUUCAGUUUUUCUUCUUAGCAGCCUUGCCUUUUAUAUAUAUUUUUUUGCUGGUGUGUAGGCUUGUGAUAUAUAUAUAUAUAUCUCUAAAGCUUGUUGGGUUUUUUAUUUUUUGAGAAUACUAGUGGAUUUGAUUUAUAUAUUCUUUCAAUCCUUAUAUAUUUAUAGAAAUCGAGUACCAGCUGUAGAUUUUAUUCAUGGAAGAAGCAAUCGUGGUUAACAAAGGAGAGGAGCUCAUCGAUUUGCCUCCGGGCUUUCGAUUUCACCCCACGGAUGAGGAGAUUAUAACUUGUUAUCUUACAGAGAAGGUGGUGAAUAGCAAUUUCAGUGCAAGUGCUAUUGGUGAAGCUGAUCUCAAUAAGUGUGAACCAUGGGACUUGCCAAAGAAAGCGAAGAUGGGAGAGAAAGAGUGGUACUUCUUUUGCCAGAGGGAUAGGAAAUAUCCAACAGGGAUGCGAACGAAUCGAGCAACUGAAUCUGGAUAUUGGAAAGCCACAGGAAAGGAUAAAGAGAUAUACAAAGGAAAAGGCUGCCUUGUUGGGAUGAAGAAGACCCUCGUGUUCUACAAAGGGAGAGCUCCAAAAGGAGAGAAAACAAACUGGGUCAUGCACGAGUACAGACUUGAAGGCAAAUUCUCCUACUACAACCUCCCCAAGACUGCAAAGGAUGAAUGGGUUGUCUGCAGAAUUUUCCACAAGAAUAAUAGUGGGAUCAAAAAGCUGUCCUCAACCCCAGAUGGGCUAUUGAGGAUGAACUCUUUUGGGGAUGAUCUGUUGGAUAUUUCUUCACUCCCACCUCUCAUGGAUCCUUCAUUUUCAGACACCAACACCAACAAGCCUGGCUAUGUUGACAAUAACAACUUCCCAUUCAAAGGGUCCUCCUCUUACUUCUCAAAUGACCAACAGCAACAGCAACAAGACCAGAAGAUGUUUCAAAUGCCCACAAACACUUCCUACCAUAACCCAAUUCCGAACCAGGGUUUAUAUCCUCAAACUCAGCUUCCAAAUCAAUAUCCUUUCAACUUUCCGUCCAAUCCAAUCCAAUCUGGCUAUUUGCACCAAGGGAGGAGUACUGGUACUAGUUCAUCAAUCCCAAGCAGCACCUAUGGAUUUGGAGUCAAUGAACAAGGUAUUUUAGAGAGGCAGUGCAAGGUGGAGCAGUUCUCAUCAAAUCAGUCCAUGUCUAUGGUGAGCCACUCACAAGACACAGGACUUAGCACUGCAGACAUGAAUGCUGAGAUUUCGUCUUUGGUUUCAAAGCAACAAGAUAACAGAUCUUAUGAUGACCUUAUUGAGGGUCCAUCACUUGGCCCCAUUGCAGAUUUCGAUCGCUUUAAUUGGGACUACUGAACUGACAAAUACAAGUUAGCUACAAAUCAAGCGUGGAGCAAUUUAUAGCUGCGCUGCUUUUUAAUUCUUAGGUUAUAGUGUUGUUUUUAUCUCAAAUACCAGUCUUUUCCACUAGGUUAAUUAAAUUAGUCAGGAAAAAAAAAAGUUCUUGCUGGACACAUAGAUACUGUAUAGAUUCAUGAUGUCCAAACCUUUCACGUUGCAUUUUUAUUGAUAUAUAGAACAUACCAAGGAAAGGUUUCAUGAACAUAAUACUCUCAUGUACACAUCUAUUCUUUCUUUAUAUUAGUGGAUUUGGGUUUUCUUUUC